UGUCAAACGUCGCAAGUAAACCAGAACAAAGCAGGCGAAAUAACUAAAAUUGCAGUUUUUUAGCAAUUUCUCCUCAAUAAACUUAUAUUUAAAAAAUGGCUUCUGCCAUGGAUGUUGACGAAGAAGAAAUCGAAUUAGCAUCAUCUAGUAGCAGUAAAGGAGACAAGAAAAGAUUUGAAGUUAAAAAGUGGAAUGCCGUUGCUCUAUGGGCUUGGGACAUUGUUGUGGACAACUGUGCUAUUUGUCGCAAUCAUAUCAUGGACUUGUGCAUAGAAUGUCAAGCAAACCAAGCUUCAGCUACGAGUGAGGAAUGCACAGUAGCAUGGGGUGUUUGUAAUCAUGCUUUCCAUUUCCAUUGUAUAUCACGUUGGCUAAAAACUCGUCAAGUUUGUCCCUUAGACAAUAGAGAAUGGGAGUUCCAGAAGUAUGGACAUUAAGUCUCUCAAUAUCUUGG